AUCCCCGCCCCGUGUUCUUGCGUGGCUCUAAUGCUGCUAAUUCGAAGGCUUUGUCCUGUUGUGUGGAGCGUCAACUCAGCAUAUUUUCAAGUAAAAAUACAACGUUUACCAUUUCAUAUAUUAAAUCCACGAUUGUUAUCAAGCAUGAGUAAACGGAAAGCGCCACAGGAGACUCUGAAUGAAGGAAUUACAGACUUCCUUAUAGAGUUGGCAAAUUAUGAAAGAAAUGUCAACAGAGCCAUUCAUAAAUACAAUGCUUACAGAAAAGCAGCAUCUGUAAUCGCCAAAUAUCCACAGAAGAUCAAAAAUGGAACAGAAGCAAAGAAACUGGAUGGAGUUGGUGCAAAGAUUGCUGAGAAAAUCGACGAGUUUUUGACGACGGGGAAACUGCGGAAGCUGGAAAAGAUUCGCAAUGAUGACACAAGCUCGUCUAUCAACUUCUUAACCAGAGUGACUGGAAUCGGUCCUGCUGCAGCUCGAAAAUUUUAUGAUGAAGGGGUCAGAACAUUGGAAGAUUUAAAGAAGAUUGAACACAAACUAAACCACCAUCAGCAGAUUGGAUUAAAGUAUUUUGAAGAAUUUGAGAAGAGAAUACCUCGUGCCGAAAUGCAAACGAUGGAGUCUCUGAUAAUAAAGGAGCUGGAGUUGUUGAAUCCAGAAUACAUCGGCACCAUAUGUGGAAGCUACAGAAGAGGAGCAGAGUCGAGUGGUGAUAUUGAUAUACUGCUGACUCACCCAAACUUUACAUCUCAAUCUGAAAAACAGCCAAAACUUCUUCACGAUGUUGUGGAUCAUCUAGAGUCCAUCAACUUCAUCACUGACACCCUGUCUAAAGGAGACACCAAGUUUAUGGGUGUGUGUCAGCUACAGAAAGAAGAGGAGGAUAAAGAAGAUAAUAUUCAUCGUCGCAUUGACAUCAGGCUUAUUCCCAAAGAUCAGUAUUACUGUGGUGUGCUGUACUUCACUGGCAGUGACAUUUUCAACAAGCACAUGAGGACGCAUGCUUUGGAAAAGGGCUUUACUCUCAAUGAGUACACGAUUCGUCCCCUCGGGGUGACUGGUGUGGCUGGAGAACCUCUGCUGGUGGACAGUGAGAAGGACAUCUUCGACUAUAUCCAGUUUAAGUACAGGGAGCCAAAGGAACGAAGCGAGUGAAACACAGAUGCUAAGAGAAGUGUAAAAAAGCUGUUCUACCUCUUACAGAGAUGUAACAAAUCAGUCAAAAUUCAUACUUAAACUCUGUUUAAGUGCAAGUGUUUUAACUAGAGGACACAUUUCAGGAGGUGAUAUGCAUUUAAGUUUGAGGUUUUAUACGGUAGGUCAUAAAGGCAUCUGCAUAGCAGUAGUUGAGUGUUUUUCUUUUAAAUCAUGUGUUAUAUUUUAAUUUGAAGUCUGAAUUGCGGAGAGCUGUUAGAGAGAUGCACAGCCAAAUAAUGUGUCAGAUUAUGUUAUUCUCUCAAAGAUAAGACGGCAAACAUUUGCAUGUUAUAAAAGAUACUUGUAAAAUAUCCCAGUGGUGCUGUUUAUCAAGUUACAUUAUUUAUGUAGGCAUUAUAUUGUUUGAAAUAUUAAAAUGUAGUAAAAUGCAGUUGUCAAGUGUGUUUAUUGUCAUUUUC